AUGGACGAUAUUCGGGACCAGCCAGGACUUUGUUCUCGUUUCUUUUCGUCUUUAGGGGUUUAUCAAUACUACUUGGAUAGGCUCACUCCAUACACUUCUAUUCGUUGGGUUCGUUUUUUGUUCUUUAAACCUUUGGGUAUUGGCUUGUUUUUGUGGGGAUUGCUAAGGAAUUCUUAUGUAUUAGUACAAGUCUCCUUUACUGGCUCAAGAUUUCAUGAUUUAGUUAGACGGGGUUUCUGCCCGCUACUCGUAUGCUUGUUUUAUCAAGAGUAG